UUAACCAGCAAAGUCAAAUUUCAUUCGCAACUCACAUCAAGAUCAGCCGAAGUCGAACAGAAAAAUCAUGGCUGCUCUACGUCUCUCCAUAGGCUCUUCGAAGCAAAUUGCCAAAGUAUUUCGUGGCAAUUUCAGAGUUUCGGCUUGUUUCAAACAUCAGGAAACAUGUGAAAUUGGUAUUCAAGAGCCUAGCUACCUGUCCAUCCAACAGCGAAAUGAUGUGAGGUGCCAAUGGAAUCCAAUCACAGUUUUCAGUCGAGGAUUCAGAACUUCUGCAGUACUAGGAGAUGCGAAAACUGUGAUGGUACCACCAUUUGCAGACUCCAUCAGUGAGGGUGAUGUAAGAUGGGAUAAAGCUGUUGGUGAUACAGUCCAAGAAGAUGAAGAAGUAUGCCAUAUUGAAACGGACAAAACAUCGAUCCCGGUUAAAGCCCCUUGCAGUGGGGUCAUUACUGAGUUGUGCGUUGGUGAUGGUGCUACUGUUCAACCCGGAGCUAAACUCUUCAUUAUGAGUGCAGGAGGUGCUGCCAAAGCUGCUGCUCCCGCUGCUGCUGCUGCUGCUCCUCCAACACCUUCACCAGCUGCUCCUGCUCCUCCACCGCCUACCCCUGCCGCCCAACCUGUUUCUGGUGCGAUCCCAUCAACACCUCCUCCUCGCCCAUCCCCUCCGACAACCCCCAUUUCUGCCAUCCCAGCAGCAAGCAUCCAACCUCGGGUUGCUGCUCCUGUUAACGUUACGCAGACGUCCCAAGCUGUUCCCCUAGCCCGUCUUCCACCUGCAGAUUAUAGCAAGGAAAUUACUGGCACGAGAACCGAACAGCGCGUGAAAAUGAACCGCAUGCGGUUGCGUAUUGCUCAGCGGCUGAAGGAAGCUCAAAAUGUCAACGCUAUGUUGACAACUUUUAACGAAAUUGAUAUGAGCAACAUCAUGGAGCUGAGAAAAACACACGGUGACGCCUUCUUGAAAGUUCACAAAAUCAAGUUGGGUUUCAUGUCAGCUUUCGUCAAGGCCGCUGCUUGCGCCCUUGCUGAUCAACCUACUGUCAAUGCCGUCAUCGACGGAAAUGAAAUCGUCUAUCGCGAUUACAUCGACAUAUCUGUGGCGGUUGCCACACCAAAAGGUUUGGUGGUGCCCGUUCUACGUAAUCUAGAUUCUAUGAACUAUGCUGACAUUGAAAAGGCUAUUGCCGCAAUGGGUGAGAAGGCAAAGAACAACGCAUUGGCUGUAGAAGAUAUGGAUGGAGGUACUUUUACCAUCUCCAACGGUGGAGUCUUUGGCUCAUUAUUCGGUACCCCAAUCAUCAACCCUCCGCAAUCUGCUAUUUUGGGCAUGCAUGGAAUUUUUGAUCGUCCCGUCGCACGCAAUGGCCAGGUGGUUAUUCGUCCCAUGAUGUUCGUAGCUUUGACUUACGACCAUCGGCUUAUCGACGGAAGGGAAGCUGUGACUUUCUUGCGCAAAAUCAAGCAGACAAUCGAAGACCCCCGUACUCUGCUCUUAUCAAUCUAAGAUAAGCUUUUCAUAGAAAGGGACCUUAUAUAUUGCGAAUCAUUUAUAGGAAGCACUAGUUUAAAGUUCCCGAUUCAGUUGCAUUCUACAAAUCUAGAAGGAAACAUGAGAGUUAUAAAUAAUAAUAAAAAAUAAAAAGAAUCGAGUGUUCCCUUAAACAUACUGAACUGCGUUCGUCUGUUUUCGGUCUUUUUUCUUUAUUCUUCUUUAUUUCGUUUUCUACCCCUAGGUGGCAGUGAAAGACGAAUCACGUAUGAAAAUACACUAUUUCUGUUUGAA